UAGGCGCCCAAGGUUGUUUGGCGUUGACGAGAAAAACAAACAACGCACUUUCCGAAAUUUCUGACACUGUAACAGUGACUACAUUAAGAGGGUACUUUCUUCACCCUUUCCUCCAUGCCUCUCGCCCGGCCUACGCGCUUCGGUAAACCGCCCCCAAUCCGUAAACGUCUCCCAGCAGACACACGUCGGAAACUUCCUCGACCUCCAGUAAACCUCCGUGUGCGCGAAUAUGCACCAUGUCGACUAUCCGACCACUACCAUACCACCCUCUCCGAUAACCUCAUGUACAUGAACUACUCCCACACCCUCCAAUCCGACCUUCCACCAAAACCACCACGUGAAAUACGUCUCCGGUGGGACCCAUCCAAUCCUUACGCCAAAUACCGCAAAAACGACCCAGUCGGUGGAACUCAGUGGUCCAAAAUCCCUCCAGAACCAAGCACACCAGCGAACAUCACCCGUCUUGAGGCUGUUCAAAUCCACAUCAUGUCCAAAGAUGCUCUGACAUCCCGGUCCAACCUCCUUGGUGUCAUCGCAGCCCUCCGCGCCCUCAGCGGUGAAACCGAAGCCGGAGGCGGGGCCUUAGCCAAAGGCGUGAAAGGUGUCGAAAUUGUCCUCGGUAAAAAGCAAGUUGGUGGGUGGAUCCGCGCGGGUAUGCCUGCUGGUGCCAAAGUCACUCUCAAAGGCUCCGCUAUGUACGACCUCAUCGCGACUCUCACCGAAUUCGUUUUACCGCGUUUGCGUGAAUUCCACGGUAUCCCGAUGCCUGCUGCAGUGAGCAGCCACACGUCAUAUCUUCCUGCGUCGAGUAACGCUGUCAAGGCAAGCGAUGUUGCGGGUGUUGUGAGCUUCGGGUUACCAGCACCUGCGAUGGGUUUCUGGCCCCAGAUCGAGGUGAACCAAGACGCGUAUCCGAAAAUGUAUGGUAUGCAUAUUCACUUCAUCACUAAUGCUGUUGGAGUGGGUGCACAGGAGAGGGCAAGGGCUUUAGUUAGUGGGUUUCAAAUUCCAUUUGUGAGGAAGAGUUCAUAGGAGCUAUACCGACAUAUCACAUAUGAAUAUAUUUCACUGAGCUGCAUUGAUGUUGGAUAUGCAUUUAUUAUAAAUGUGACAGUAUAUAUCACCUUGCUUGCAAGGUCUAUUGCACUCCGGAAUUUAGAUUAUUUUGUGCAGGCACAUGUUGGUCAUGUUUAG